GUGCAUCUCGCCUCGCAUCUCGCCGCCUCGUCCCAGUAGCAUCCUCGUCACGAUGGCAGAGGUCCUUCGCUACUCCUACCGACAACAAGCCUGACUUGGAGCAGAAGGGAAAAGAGAAGGAGCACGUUUCUUCCCCUCAGGAGCCUCAGAAGUCUGACCUCAGUGGCCUUGAGGGUUUCUUCCAGCGCUACCAUCAGAAAGGGCCCCAGUCGAGCGACCAGAACCAGGAGCAGCAGUCAAAGCCGCCUCCAGGCGGCAAUAAUCCCAAUAACAGCAACUUUAACCCCAACCAGCUCGCGCUGCUGGCCACCGCGGCUGCUGUCUUCUAUUCGCUCUCUUCCUCCAGCUCUUCUUCCUCGCGCGAGAUCACAUGGCAGGAGUUCCGCACUGCCUUCUUGGACAAGGGUCUCGUCGAUAAACUCACUGUCGUAAACCGGACCAAAGUCCGUGUCAAGUUGCAUUCAAAUGCGACGGGCCAGAUGUAUCCCGCAGCAGCUUUAGGCUCCGGCGAGUACUACUUCUCCAUUGGCAGUGUCGAGGCAUUCGAGCGCAAGCUGGACGAGGCUCAGAAAGAAAUCGGUAUUCCAUCCCACGAGCGGAUCCCCGUGGCCUAUCACGAUGAGGUUUCUGCCGUUGGUGCACUCCUUAACUUCGCUCCCACCAUUCUCUUCGCUGGCUUGCUGUUCUACAUGACGCGCCGUGCUGGUGGUGGAGGUGGUGGUGGAGGCGGCAUUUUCAGCAUUGGAAAGAGCAAGGCGAAGCUCUUCAACAAGGAUACUGAUGUCAGGGCGAAGUUCAAGGACGUCGCAGGCAUGGACGAGGCCAAGGAGGAGAUCAUGGAGUUUGUCAAAUUCCUCAAGGACCCCACCAAGUACGAAAAGCUGGGGGCUAAGAUCCCUCGCGGUGCCAUCCUCUCCGGACCUCCUGGUACGGGAAAGACGUUACUUGCUAAGGCCACCGCCGGCGAAGCGAGCGUCCCUUUCCUCUCCGUCUCCGGUUCCGAAUUCGUCGAGAUGUUCGUCGGUGUUGGUUCCUCGCGUGUACGCGACCUUUUCGCGUCCGCGAAGAAAAAUGCCCCUUGCAUCAUCUUCAUCGAUGAAAUUGACGCCAUUGGUAAGUCACGCGGAAAGGGAGGCAACAUGGGUGGGAACGACGAGCGCGAGUCGACGCUCAACCAGCUCCUUGUCGAGAUGGAUGGUUUUGGCACACAGCAGCAUGUCGUCGUAUUAGCCGGCACCAAUAGGCCUGAUGUCCUCGACCCCGCACUCAUGCGUCCCGGCCGGUUCGACCGACACAUCGCCAUUGAUCGUCCAGACGUCUCUGGCCGCAAGGGUAUUUUUUUGGUUCACCUCAAACCUCUUCGUUUGUCCGAAAAACUUCCCGAGCUCGAGACCUUUGCGCACAAACUCGCAGUACUCACUCCCGGGUUCUCUGGAGCUGACAUUGCCAAUGUCUGCAACGAAGCUGCGUUGCACGCCGCGCGCCAUUCGUCAGAGUAUGUUGAGGAGGAGAAUUUCGAGAGCGCAAUUGAACGGGUGAUCGCGGGCCUCGAACGCAAGUCGCGCGUGCUCAGUCCUGAGGAGAAGAAGACAGUUGCUUAUCAUGAGGCGGGACAUGCGAUCUGUGGAUGGUUCCUCGAGCAUGCAGACCCACUGCUCAAGGUCAGCAUCAUCCCGCGCGGCGUCGGCGCUCUGGGUUACGCUCAGUACCUUCCGCCCGAUCGUUAUCUCUUCUCGUCACCGCAGAUGCUGGACCGUAUUUGCAUGACGCUCGGUGGUCGCGUGUCGGAGGAAAUCUUUUUCGGUGCUGAGAACAUCACCACAGGUGCGCAGGACGACCUGCAGAAGAUCACUCGCAUGGCUUUCGAGGCAUGUGCAAAUUACGGGAUGAACACCAUCAUCGGACCUGUCAGCUAUGGUGGUCGGGAAAGCCAGCGGGAGAGCUGGCAGAAGCCCUUCAGCGAGAAGACGGCUGAGAUGUUGGACUCGGAAGUUCGCAAGAUGAUCUCGAACGCACAUCAGCGGACAACUGAGCUUUUGACUAAGCACCGGGAGGAUGUCGAGAAGGUCGCCAAACUCCUGCUCCAGAAGGAGGUUAUCACUCGCGAGGACAUGAUUGACCUUCUGGGCAAGCGACCCUUCGCCAACAAGGCAGACGAUAUGGACAAAUGGCUUGACAAGCAUCGUGGCUCUGAGAGCAGCGCGCCGCCACCCCUCGAGGAGAACCUCAACGAACAGCCUACGCCCUCACCCACACCCACACCAUCGCCAGGUGUUGCAACGACUCGGAUAGACGAGAAAUCGCUGUGAUUUACUUCUUGGGUUCUUGACACAUACAUACGUGUGGGUAGAUAGGAUGGACGAUGAGACGCACGCUGCUGACACAUGUAUUUUAUUUAAUUCAUAGCACUUCUCAUGCCCAUUGCUAUGCAUUCUUUGAUGAUCGCAUAUCCAACAUUGCACCGUAUUUACCGGCCCACCCCCCUUAUACAACACUGAUCUUCACACCCGCAUUCAUCAUGUGCUAUCUUCUGCUAAUUUCGGGCCCUUACAUAGCCUUUACAAUGUAUACCGGAACCCACUCCACAG